CCACUUUAUGUACGUUAAUAUCUUUACACUACAGCAACAGAUAACUUUGACGUUGAUAUAGGACAAUGUCGAAAUAAACCAAUCGCAAUCACAGAAAUUGUCAAUUGCAACGCAAUCCAUCAAUGUGGCAACACAUAACUUUGACACAACACAACUCUGACAGCGCCAGUUGAAUGACUCAGGAGUAGGAAGAAAAGGAAGAUAAUUUGAUGUGAAAGGCAAAUCAGUAAUAAUUUUUUUCCUCAUUACAUUUAUAGUGAGUGGGUGUUUUAGUUUCAGUUACAAACAAAGUAAUAUACCUAGGUUUGUUUUUGGCACUUGUUUAGAGCUGUGCUGUACGUAAUGUCUGGACACAAGAGCACUAUCAAUGCUAACAAUUUAUUCGAAGAUGAUGUGGACGACAAUACCUUUGUUAACAGCUACAGAUCAAGGUUUCCUCCACCUCAGCAGUCAGCUUCAUCAGCGAACUAUGGAGGCCACAUUGCGGAACUUGAGCGUCAGCGACAAAUGAUGCUACAAAAACAAAAGGAAAUAGAACAACGCACGCUUGACUCAUCGUGUCGAAGUAUAGGGCUUCUGCGCGAGUCAGAGCAAAUCGGUAUUGCAACAGCGGAAGAACUUACUCGCCAGCGGGAACAACUCCAAAACACUAACAAGAGACUAGAUGAAAUUAACACAAAUUUAAAUUACAGCCAGAAACAUCUGAAUGGUAUCAAAUCUGUUUUUUAUGGGCUUAAAAACUACAUUUCUGGAAAAAGUGACAAAACACCUCCUCGCAGUCAAACGUCACCUGAUACUGCCAGCCUGGGAGGUCCAAGCAACAGCAGAUUGAUGGAAACAUUAGAAAAUCUUCAACCAGCUUCAGAUUCAUAUGAGCAACCUUCACGUUUUGAUGGCCACCCAUCUACAAGGCUCCGCGGCUUGGACCAACAGACAAUGUCUCAGCCAGUAACUGACAGCCAACGGGUGAAUGAGAUGCUUGAUGCUAAUUUGGAUGAGAUGGUACAUGCAAUAUCGAGACUCAAGGGGCUGGGAACAGCUUUGGGUGAGGAAAUUGAGCAGCAAAAUCAUUUAAUUGAUACUAUACAUGAUAAAGUUGAGGGCACUGACAUAAAGAUUGGAAAACAAAAUAAACAGAUGAAUAAGCUACUUGGAAAAUGAAAGUUUUUAAAGAUAAAUUGCAGUAUAGUAAUAAAAAUGUAUAAAUCCUAAGUUGUAUAAAUAUAAAUUUCAUUUAGUUAAUCAAAAAUACUUGUACAUAUUAUUAUAAGCAAUAUAGGUUUCUUUUCUAUCCAAUUUUAAUUAACGAAAUCCUCAUAUUCUGUAAGGUAAUAUAUUACACUAUGAUAAUGAGUGAUAAAUAUAAUUAGCAGUGUAUAACUUGCUUAUCAACAUUACAACCUCAUGUUAUAUCAAUAAUAUGCCAACUGUUUGUAUUUAAUAAAAAAUGGGAGCCACAGGAUACAUAUUUUUUAUUUUAAAAAUUAAGCAUAGAUCUCUGCCCAAGAGUAAUUAUAUAAUAUCUGUGUUGA